AUGUCAACAAAAUCGAAAAGUAAAAAACCACAAGUUUGGACUACGGAAAGUGCAAAGCACCUUAUCUUUUUGUAUGAAAACUUUCCGUGUCUAUAUGAUAUUAAAAGAAAAGAUUACCACAAUAGAAAUGAAAGGCAAAAGGCGCUUCAAUACAUUUUAAAAGAAAUGACUGACAAGUAUCCAAGUAUGAAACUUUCACUAGAUCAAGUAAAAACCAAAAUUCAUGGAAUUCGUUCUCAGUAUAUUGCUGAAUUAAAUAAAAUUAAAAAAUCUGAGUCGACAGGUGUAUCUCCAGAUGAUUUGUACACUCCCAAGCUUUGGUGUUUUGAAAUGCUGGGAUUCCUUUCUGAUUCAGCUGUCAUUACUUCUAGAGGAGAGUCUAAUUUAAAUUUGGAGGAAGUUCUUAAAGACCUUAAGGAUUUAUCCCAGGUUUAUAUAGAAGAGGAAGACACACAGCAAGAUGAAGAAACACAGCAAGAUGAAGAAACACAGCAAGAUGAAGACACCCAGCAAGAUGAAGAUGAGGUAUGUUACCAAAUAUUUGAAGAAGUAAAUGAAAUGGAGUCAGAAAUGAGUUUUGACCAAGAUGUCAGUGAUGUUUCCGUUCCCUUUUCUCCUCCCUUAUCGCGACCAUCCUGUUCUACAUCCCGAACACCAGCUUUAGUGUUCCGUCCUUCAUCCCAACAAUCCUUUUCAAAACAAAGAACUAUACCUGAGUCCCAAACACCCAAAUCUAUUUUAAAACAUAAAGAUAAUAUAAUUAAAAAAAAGAAAGAUGAAGAUAUUAUAAUUAAAAAAAAGAAAGAGGAAGAAGAUGAAUUAAAAAAUCUACUAAAGGUUACUGGACAAGUAAUUGCGAGUCAAAGAAGAGUAGCUCCUGACACACAAAAACCCUCAGAAAACCUUUUUUGCCAAUAUUUGGCAGCAGAAAUGUCCAAGAUUCAGGAUGAAGAUAUAUUGGAUGAUCUUAAAGAAAAUAUAUCUGCUCAGUUGUUCCAAGCAAAAAAAAAAUAUAAAUCUGCUAAAAAAUAG